GGGCAGCUCAAGCAGAUACCACGCACGGCUCGCGUAUAAAUACACUGACGCAGGUGCCUGAACCGCUCGCCAUUCAGAAGUUCCCAAACCAAAGUACUCCGUCCGGUUCCCUCGAUCUGGUUCUGUUCGUCCCCUUUGAAUUUCCGACUCCGAGGCAAGGAAGCAGGCUGCUUGCGAUGGCGGGAGGAGGGAAGGUGUACUCGUUCCAAGAGGUGCGCAAGCACAGCCAGCGCAAGGAUUGCUGGCUCAUCAUCUCCGGCAAGGUGUACGACGUGACGCCCUUCAUGGAGGAGCACCCGGGCGGCGACGAGGUCCUGCUGGCGUGCACCGGCAAGGACGCGACGGCCGACUUCGAGGACAUCGGCCACUCGGACGCCGCCAAGGAGCUGAUGCCGCAGUACUGCAUCGGGGAGGUCGACGCCGCCACCGUCCCGGCCAAGCUCGCCCGCGCCGUCCUCCCCGCCAAGGGGGCGGCGGCUCCUGCGCCACGCGCGAGCACGGGCCAGGGCGUCCGGCUCACGGUGCUGCAGCUCGCCCUGCCUCUCCUGCUGGUGGCCAUGGCCUUCGCGCUUCAGAACUUCGCCAAAACCAAAACAGAGUAGACGAGAAGGACAGAUGCCGUCGCGGAUACCGGCUGCGGUCUCUUGGAAGUAUCUGCACGUCCAACCAGUUGCUGUCGACGUCUCUACCGCUGCAAUCGUUGUAGUUCCAUCUCCCCUGUGUGUACCGACGUAAUUAUUGGUGGAAUUCAUAUAUCUAUAAUCGCCAAGUUUCAGAAAAAAAAAUCUAUAUCUAUAGUCCUAUAUAGUGUGGGAAUAA